AUGUUAGUAUUACUAAUUACCAUCAAAACCAUGUCUGCGGCCAUCUCUAUGGGAUCCGAUCUGAAAGACUACGUGAGCGCCAGAAACGGUGACAAACCUUCGCUCACCGAUAAUGUCAAGAGUCUGUUCAAUAACGGCAACAAUAAAGCGAAGCAAUGGUUUUAUCAGCCGUUGAGCACCGAAGACAUCGCCGCCGAUGACAGUCACAUGGACUCAAUGGGUGACAACAGAACCCCCUCUUCAUCUAACAGUUGGUUCUCUUCGCUCUCGUUGUCAUCCAAUACUCAAAACGAAGCCAACGAUUGGUUACCAUCUCUUAGUCGGACUCAACGUGUGAUCGGUUUCAUAUCCACUUUUUAUAUUCCUCUUCUGGUAUUCAAAGCCCGAAAGUUUGCCCUUUUAUUCACGUUUGGCUCACUUUUCAUUGUUUUAAGUUUCUCUGUCCUGUGGGGACCAAUCAGUCAUAUGAAACACUUGUUCUCUCAACAGAGACUUCCCUUUACUCUCACAUAUUUCGGCUCCUUAUUCAUGACUCUAUACUUCGCUCUAAAGGUUCAGAGCACUGUUCUGACGGCACUGUUUGCUGUGAUUCAAGUGAUAGCACUGCUCUGGUAUGUCGUCAGUUAUCUUCCCGGCGGCCAAACGGGUCUCAUGUUCUUCACUAAAAUCGCCACUAAAGCGGCCGCAAAAGGACUUCCAGUGUAGAGCACACACCCGACUGUCCGACACUCGGCAUAAUGUCAUCGCAUUUUGUUAUUUAUUUUAAAUACUAUUUGUUUUAUUUAAUUAUUAAUAUAUAUUUUGUCUGCGAAUCAUGUGUUUUAAAAACUCGUAAAUAUGACAAACAAA